AUGGAGAGCAUCAUCGCCUACUGCGGCCCGUCGCUCCCACGGCUGAUGGCAUCGCACCUGGCAUCGCAGAUUCCCAGCUCCAGCUCAAUCCCAGGGAUCUCGGAGCAGCACCCGGCACCAGGGCGCUUGACAGCACAGCGUCCGGGGGUGGAUGUGCCCAUCCUGCGGCCGCCCCCGUCCCCGCCGCCCCCCGCGGGCUCCCCCCCGCCGCCGCCGCCGCCGCCGCCGCGCUUCUCCCCCGAGCAAGUGUCGUGCGUGUGCGAGGCGCUGCUGCAGGCCGGCGACCCGGGCCGGCUGGGCCGCUUCCUGGGCUCGCUGCCGGCCGAGCCGGAGCCGGAGCCGGAGCAGGCGGCGGGCGGGGAGAGCCUGGCCAAGGCGCGGGCGCUGCUGGCCUUCCAGCGCGGGGACUUCGGGGAGCUCUACCGCCUGCUGCAGAGCCGCCCCUUCGCCGCCCCGCACCACCCCUUCCUGCAGGACCUCUACCUGCGCGCCCGCUACCGCGAGGCCGAGGCGGCCCGGGGCCGGGCGCUGGGCGCGGUGGACAAGUACCGGCUGCGCAAGAAGUUCCCGCUGCCCAGCACCAUCUGGGACGGCGAGGAGACGGUGUAUUGCUUCAAGCGCCGCUCGCGGGCCGCCCUGCGCGACUCCUACGGCCGCAGCCGCUACCCCAGCCCCGAGCAGAAGCGGCGCCUGGCCCGCGACACCGGCCUCUCGCUCACCCAGGUCAGCAACUGGUUCAAGAACCGGCGGCAGCGGGACCGCAGCGGGGGAGGCGCCGGCACCCCCAGCAAGAGCGAGUCGGACGGGAACCCCAGCACGGAGGACGAGUUGAGCCGGGGGCCGGAGGAGACGGAGCUGGCCGUGGGGACGCCCGCCGUGCCGGACGGGGCCGUCGCCUCCGGGAACCUCUUCUUGCCGGCGCCCGCCGGGGCCUGCUCCGGGGCCUCGUCCAUCCUGCUCAACGGCAACUUCAUCACCACGGCCGGCCCGCAGGCCAUGCUGCUGAACGGCGGCUCCGUGCUCCAGGCACCGGGCGGGGUGCUUAUCAACGGGCUGGCGCUGGGCGACAGCCAAACCAUCACCCUGAGCCCCGUGGCGUCCACCCCGCCCGUGCUCCUCAACGGCGCCGCCCUGGGGGGGGCCAAGACCCCGCCCGGCGCCGGCCUGGAGUCGCCGCCGGCCUCCUCGGCCAGGCCUGACAUCAAGGCAGAAGCCGGGGAGGCGCUGCCCUCCCUUGUGCUCGGCCCGGGCACCGUGGAGGUGAAGACGGAGGAGAGCCAGGCCGUCAGGGCCCUGGCCGAGGUGCCCACGCUCCUUCCCCUGCCCCCGGCCGCGUCCGACCCAAAGGGGGCGCUGCUUCCCGCGCCGGCCGGCUCAGUGCCGCAGGUGGUGCCGUCAGGCGAGGAAGCCCCCUGCCCGGCCCCAGCCCUCCCCCAGCCGGUGGCCUCCGGCUCCCAGAUUGUCCCCCUCUCCCAAGUGGUGCCUAGUUCUCAGCCCGGCCAGGCCCUGCCCGUGACGUCGCCUCCCCCGGCUGCCACCCCUCUCCUCCAGGGCUCUCCCCUGCUGUCCUUCCCCGCCCUCACCUCGCCCGUCCCGGGGCCAGCUCAGGGCACCCCGGUGCCCACUGUAGUCCACGUCCCUGCCCCGCCCCUUAUCCCCAUCUCCCAGGUCUCGCCUCCCUCCCAAGUAGUGCCCCUGUCCCAGCCGGCCCCAGGCACCCCGGUGCUGUCCCCUCCCCAGAUGGUGCCGCUCUCGCCCACCCAGGUGUACUCGGUGCCCCAGGGGGCCCCCGCCCCACAGCUGGUGUCGGUGCCCCAGGGGUCCCAGCUCAUCUCGCUCCCGCAAGUGGUGCCCACGUCGCAGGUGGUGACGCUGCAGCAGGGGGUGGGGCCGAUCCAGAUCCUGGCCAGCGCUGCCCCGCUCAAGGUGGGGGCUCCGCCGGCGGCCGGUGGGACCGCGGGGCAGGGCAACGUGCACCUCAUCAACGCCAACAUGGGCGUGACCACGCUGCAGCUGCCCGCCGGUGCGCCAGGGAACUUCCUCCUGACAAACCCAGUGCCGGGCGGCGGCACCAUCCUCACCGGCAUGACACUCCAGCAGGGCAAGCUCAUCCUGACCGCCACCUUCCCAGCCACCAUGCUCAUGUCCCCGGUGCUCUCCGCCCCCGCCGGCAGCCUGGCCCUGCCCAUCAAGCAAGAAACGGCGCCUCUAACCGGCACCAGCGCCCCCGUCCCAGGGCCCGUGAACUCCGAGGGCGCCGGGGCAGGCCAGCCGGCCUUGGCUUUCGGGGCGGACGGUGUGGCCGGCCGUCAGCCUGGCGUCCUCUCGAACUUCCCCCAGGAGGGCCUGGUGCUGUCCCCGCUGCCGCAGCCGGCAGUGUGGCCUGGCUCGGCGGGCAUGGAGAUGCAAGCGGCAGGCACCGAGGGGCUCUUCGAGAUGGAGAAGGGGGCAGUGGAGGUGCUGGAUGGCACGGAGCCGAGCGGCCUCCUGCUGCCCGAGGCCGAAGGGCUGCUGCUGGGCAGCUCAGCCAGCGACCCCCUGGAUCCCGAGGGCCUCGACUCGGACGAGAAGGUGCUGACCCAGCUUCAGUCGGUGCCCGUGGAGGAGCCCCUGGACUUCAGGAGGAUAAACACCCCACGAGCUGAACCUUUUAUAUUAAAAAAUAAAGUGCAUUUAACUUUUGUAAACCUUCACUACGUCGGAGCAGUGGCCACUCCUGCCUUGGCCAGCCGAGGCCGCGUUUCCCGCCAGCCUGGUGGGGUUUCUUAGAGGGGGUUCUUUGGACUGGUUGAAGGCUUUGGACUCCCCAAAAUCACACUACAGAGCGACUGGAGAGCCGUGUUGGUACGGGGUCCUCUCCACACAGGAUGCCUGGGUUCCAGAUCUACCGCAGGACAGGAUCCCUCCCCCUGUGGAACAACCAGGUUCUAGAUCCACAGCAGAAUGGGACCCCCGUGUCCCAGAGCUACACCAGAUCAGAUCCCAGCCUCAUGGAGUAAUCAGGUUCUAGAUCUGUGCCAGACUGGGAUUUCUGCUCCAUGGAGUAACUGGGUUCUGGAUCCACACUGGAGUGGGAUCUGUCUGCCACCAUGAAGCUGUUGGGUUCUAGAUACGCAUCAGAAUGGGAUCCCUGCCCCAUGGAGUGCCCAGUUUCUAGACCUACAUUGGGAUAGAAGCUUUCCCCUGCCAUGGAAUUACUGGAUUCUAGAUCCAUGUCUCAAUGGGAACUCUGCCUCGUGGAGUAGCCAGUUUCUUGAUCCAUGGCAAUAUGAGAGCCCGUCCCCCCCAAGGAAACCACCAGGUUCUAGAUCCACACUGGAACUGGAUCCUCCACAGUGCAACUGGAACUGCAUCAGAAUGGGUUCCCACCCCAUGGAGCUUCCAGGGUUCUAGAUCAUCAUCUGAAUGGAUCCCAGCUUCAUGGAGCUUCCAGGUUCUAGAUCCACACUGGGAUGGGUUCCCUCCCCUUGGAGCAGCUGGCUUCUCUUGGACCCACCUCGGAACAAGCUGCUCUUUGUGGUUUUUCAGUCUUCGUCAUCUUCUGGGACCGGCUCCCCUGUCGUCCUCUCCUCUUCCCCAGUUCCUCAUCCUCAAAAUCCAGAGCUUCCGUUGUGAAUCCUCAAAGUUGUCCCCACCAGGGUGCCCGUGGGCUCCUCCGGCACCCUGGCCUCCCAUGAGCCUUCUGGAUUUCUCUGGCUGUCCAAGACGAACAAACCAAGGGCGGUCAGCUCUGUCCGGCAAGCCAGAGGGGUGGCACCAGAGGUUCCUUUCCUUCCCCCUCCACCCGUGCACCAUGGUUAUCUGCGGAGGGACCCAGACUGGACACUUGAAUCUUGGGGUACUGCCUCCUGUCCCACCCUCCCCCUAGCUCCUCUCACCAGGUACUAGUGCAUCUCACUAUUAUUAUUAUUUUCACCAUUUUGCUACAAUUUUUUUUUUGUGAGGAACAAUCAUUUCUACCCGAGAUUCUUUUUUUUAAAGAAGCUUCUGUCGUCGUUGUCCCUGUACAUUAUUAUUGUUGGUUUUUUUUUUAAACGUAGUGCUCUGCGUGUCUGUCCGUCUGUCUGUCCAUCCAUCCAUCCAUCCUGGUACUGUAUGAAAUUUGUAUAUCCAUA